AUGAUCGACAUGGAGCCCGAGUGGGACUCUGAGAGUCUACCAGUGAAGUCGGGACUCAAGACGAAAUGUGUACCGGUAGUCGUGGUAGUUGGGCAUAUUAAUCAUGGUAAAACUACUCUUCUGGAUGCACUACGCGGGACCAACGUGGUGGAUACGGAACCGGGCCGAAUCACUCAAUCGGUAGGGACGAGAAGUGCUUCGUUCGACACUGACAGGAUGACUUUCAUCGACACUCCUGGGCAUGCAGCGUUCGAGACUUCCCGGGGGCGCGCUGUUGAAGUUGCCGACUGUGCGUUAGUGGUCGUCUCCGUUGAAAACGGCGCUGAUAUUCAAACUGAGGAGGUCCUCAUGCAAGCGGAUGCGUUUCAAGUACCAGUUGUAUUUGCUCUGAACAAGAUAGACCUGCCGUAUGCCAACGUGGAACUGGUCAGGAAUGAACUUGCGUACCAGUGUGCUAAGCUGUAUGAAGCUGGGAUGAUCAGCAGUGACUUUUCUGAUGCUGCCCGCAAAGCGGUCGCUAUAUCCGCUUUACACAGCACGAAUGUGAAUGAUGUGGUAGCAUCUCUGCAGCAGUCCAUUGACGAGGUCCUCAACGAGAGUCAGCAAGAGCUACCAUUGCAUCAUAUACCGGCACCGUCGAUUACGCCUGGAAUGGUUGCACAGUUCUACAGGAUCACGAAGAAAAGGAAUGACUACCUCACCGACGUGAACUUACCUGUAACGGCAGCAUUAGUGAUCAUAGACAUGACCAACAACAUGUCGGAGGGCCGCAUUAUGCUGUGUUUGGUGAAGCAUGGUGUUGUGAUGAAAGGCAGCUUUUUUGUGGCGGGCAGUGCUUUUGGGCAAGUCGAACGCAUGUGGGAUGCAGACAAGGGCACCAAAGCUGAAAUUACGAAGGCCACGCCGGGUAUGGCAGUACAGAUAGUAGGGUUGAAGAAGCAGCGAAGGGGGAAGGACGGCACCUGUAGCGCUACUGAUAUUGUAAUGGUCAUGCCAAAGGAGAGAGCAUGGCGACUAUCAGCGUAUCGGCAGAAUAUUGAGAAUUUGUCGGAAAUUCAAACAGCGGGGCCUCCUAUUGAGGUGCCGUGGUCGAGCGAUGGAGUGGCGAAGACGCAAGCGGACAUGCCGAGGUCUGCGGAUGAGGCUGUUGGCGAGAGAGCGGUAGCCCGUGACUGGUUGAGUAAAGAACGGACGGUCUCGGAAUAUGGUGAAGUGGGGUAUAACGACAAUAAAGUCUUCAGAGAGGCGCCUCGAGAGGAGUAUGAGGAACUCGCUAGACUGGGCGAACACAACCCGCUCGUGGGUUUCGAGGCUGAGGAUUAUGAAGGUUCAGUCCCGAACUAUAAGCAAAUGAGAGACUUCGAAUUGGCGGAACAAGAGACUAAGGAGAAGUUGAAAGCAGAAAGGAUACGCCUGGCUAAGCUGGCCUCGGGCACGCCACAUAGCAUAGUGGUGGAGCCGGAGCAGAAGGCUGAGGAGGAGCCGGUUAAGUCUAAGAGAGGCGGAAGGAAGAGCACUCGGAAGGCCCAGGCGCGUCAGGAAGCCAUGGAUACUGCAGCUGGGGAAAAGGCUGCUGCUACUGCCGCCGCUGCGCACAGCAAAGAUUCCAUUUACUAUGUUGAACGGAGGAAUUGGCAGGAGGAUGCAGUCACUGACACACGGCGGACCAUGGAGAGGUGGGGCGAGCGAGAUUUGAACAGCUGGAAGGAGAAGGAGGAACAGAAGGCUCAUUUUAAGGAGGAGCAGCAGGCGAUGGAAGCGAUUCGAGCUGAGAUUUUCGGACGGAGGAAAAAUCGAGAGCAUCGAGAAAAAUUGGAUCUUACAGAAUAUGAGGAUUUACCUGAGGCUAAGUUGGUCCUACCAGUGAUACUAAAAACACAGUCAAUUAACGUGUUUGACGGUAUAAUGGAUGAGAUUGAGAUGAUAGAGAAAGAAUUUAAUAUGCGAAUACCGAUAGUGCAUGGUGGGAUCGGACCUGUUCUUAAGAAGGAUGUUGAGCAUGCAGUGGUUGAGAGGGACUAUGGCUACUGUCCAAUUUACACAGUCCAGGUCGGAAUUCAUCCUACUGCACGGCAGCAUGCUGAUGACUGCAACGUACCUGUAAAGAACUUCGACGUUUUCACGGAUCUGCUGGAAGACAUUCGCUCACGAUGUAAACUCGUCAUAGAGCGAAAACGGAAGAUCGAUCAAUAUGAGAAGAUGCGAUUGAAACAUGCUCAGUUAACCGAGGCAUGA